UUUCCUUUGUACUAAACCAAGUACCCGCGGCCACCCCAACAGUUUAAGUUAAACGUAGAUUUUGCGUGUUCUUCUUGUACGGUUGAACUGGUGGUUGUAGCCAUGAAUGCUAAGAGAGAGUUAAGUUAGAUAGACGCUGCAGUGCAGUGGAUGAGUGAUUCUAAUCCAACAAGAAAUCCUCCAUGUCCAUGUUUCUUCUCACACCACUUUCCUUCUCGUAUUCCUUAUUCCAUCACUUCCCGCGUGCAUUCAAAUACCCCACCACUCUCAAUCUCAAUCUCAAACGCACUUCUUCAAAGUUCAAUAAGUAUGUUCGUGGGAAUGUCAGUAGAAAGAAUUUAGCUAGUUUUAGCAACACUGCCGUAUCUCAUGUGUUCGACGAAUUUCCACAACAACAAACUUAUGGGAGCUCGGAGGGAAUUGAUCUUCUUCAUAUCAUGGAAACGCGUGGAAUUCGUGCCAAUGUUCAGACCUAUCUAUGGCUUUUAGAUGGCUGUUACAAUUCUGGGUCUUUAUUAAGUGCUCAGAAGCUUCAUGGAAAGAUUUUGAAGUCGGGUUUUGAUUUGGAAAACGUUUUGUGUGACCGAAUUAUUGAUAUUUACAUGGGGUGCGGUGAUUUAGAUGGUGCAGUUAAGGUUUUUGAUGAAAUGUGUGACAGAAGUGUGUCUUCAUGGAAUAAAAUUAUUAAUGGGUUUGUGGUGAACAAGUUGAGUGGUCGGGUAUUGGGUCUCUUUCAACGAAUGACAGCCGAGAAUGUGAUUCCGGAUGAAAUGACAUUUGCUGGAGUCUUAAGGGCAUGUGGUGGCGGUAAUGUUGUUUUCCAGUAUGUGCAUCAGAUUCAUGCUAGGAUUACUUAUCAUGGUUUUGGUGCUAGUACGCGUGUAUGUAAUCCAUUGAUUGAUUUGUAUUCAAAAAAUGGGUUUAUAGAUUCUGCUAAAAAGAUCUUUGAUAGAUUAUGUUUGAAGGAUAGUGUUUCUUGGGUGGCAAUAAUGUCAGGCUUAUCACAGAAUGGACAUGAGAUAGAAUGUAUUUCCCUAUUCUGCCAGAUACAGACAUCAGCAACUGCCCCUACUCCUUAUAUCUUUUCAAGUGUUCUAAGUGCCUGCACCAAGAUAGAGUUAUUUGAGAUGGGCAAGCAGCUUCAUGGCCUCGUUUUUAAGGUGGGAUUUUCAUCAGAAACAUAUGUGUGCAACGCUCUUGUGACAUUGUAUUCACGCUCAGGAAACUUUAUAUCUGCGGAACAGAUUUUCAGCACAAUGCGAAACAGGGAUGAGGUUUCAUAUAAUUCACUCAUCUCAGGGCUUGCUCAGCGUGGGUUUAGUGAUAGAGCUCUGGAAUUGUUUAAUAAAAUGCAGCUUGAUUGCUUGAAACCAGAUUGCGUGACAGUUGCAAGUUUGUUGAGUGCAUGUGCAUCUGUUGGAUCUCUUUAUAUGGGAAGACAGCUCCACUCAUAUGCAAUUAAAAGUGGAAUGUCUUCAGAUAUUAUUCUUGAAGGUUCUCUACUGGAUCUUUAUGUGAAAUGCUCAGAUAUAGAUACUGCCAGUGAAUUUUUCCUUACAACAGAGACUGAAAAUGUGGUCCUAUGGAAUGUGAUGCUAGUCGCUUAUGGGCAGUUAAAUAAUUUGAGUGAUUCAUUUGAGAUAUUUAGACAGAUGCAGAUUGAAGGCAUGGUACCCAAUCAAUUCACUUAUCCUAGUAUACUGAGGACUUGUACUGCUUUGGGAGCUCUUGAUCUAGGAAAGCAGAUUCAUAGUCAAGUUAUAAAGACUGGCUUUCAGCUCAAUGUGUAUGUCUGCAGUGUGCUUAUUGAUAUGUAUGCUAAGCAUGGAAAACUUGACACUGCCCUGGGAAUCCUCAGAAAACUCACUGAGGAAGAUGUUGUCUCUUGGACAGCUAUGAUUGCAGGCUAUGUGCAACAUGAUAUGUUUGCCAAAGCUCUUAAACUUUUUGAAGAAAUGCAAAAUCGAGGGAUCCAAUCUGAUAAUAUUGGAUUUUCAAGUGCAAUCAGUGCAAGUGCCGGUAUUCAAGCACUCAAUCAAGGACAACAAAUUCAUGCUCAAUCUUGUGUCUGUGGUUACUCAGAUGAUCUUUCAAUUGGUAAUGCACUUGCUAGUCUUUAUGCUAGAUGUGGUAGAAUAGAAGAAGCAUACUUAGCAUUCAAGAAAAUUGAUGAUAAAGAUAAUAUAUCAUGGAAUGCAUUGAUAUCAGGGUUUGCACAGAGUGGGUACUGUGAGGAAGCACUGCAGGUAUUUACUCAAAUGAAAAAAGCUACAGUAGAAUUUGAUUUAUUCACAUUUAUCUCUGCAGUUAGUGCAGCUGCCAAUAUAGCAAAUACUAAACAAGGGAAGCAGAUCCAUGCUAUGAUUAUCAAAACUGGUUAUGAUUCAGAAAUUGAGGUUUCUAAUGUUUUAGUCACGUUGUAUGCCAAGUGUGGUAUCAUAGAUGAUGCCAAAAGAGAGUUUCAUGCAAUGGCUGAAAAAAAUGAUGUUUCUUGGAAUGCCAUGAUUACAAGCUAUUCUCAACAUGGAUUUGGUAUUGAAGCACUCGAUUUUUUCCAGGAGAUGAAAGAGCUUGGUGUGAUGCCAAACCAUGUUACCUUUGUGGGAGUUUUGUCAGCCUGUAGCCAUGCAGGUAUGGUGAAUGAGGGGCUUGGCUACUUUGACUCAAUGAGAAAAGAGCAUGGCUUAGUGCCUAAACCUGAGCAUUACGUAUGUGUUGUGGAUCUUCUUGGUCGGGCUGGUUUUUUGAGUCAUGCAAGGAAAUUUAUAGAGGAUAUGCCAAUUAAACCUGAUGCUCUGAUUUGGAGGACCCUCUUAAGUGCUUGUGUAGUUCAUAAAAACAUGGAAAUUGGAGAGUUUGCUGCCUGUCAUCUACUAGAAUUAGAACCUCAAGACUCAGCCACUUAUGUUCUCUUAUCAAAUAUAUAUGCAGUGACUGGAAAAUGGGACUCUAGGGAUAGGACAAGGCAAAGGAUGAAAAAUAUGGGUGUGAAGAAAGAGCCUGGCCGUAGCUGGAUUGAAAUUAAGAACUCAGUUCAUGCCUUUUUUGUUGGUGACCGUCUCCACCCACUAGCGGAUAAGAUAUAUGAAUACUUAGGAGAUUUGAAUAAACAAGCAGCUAAUAUUGGUUAUGUGCAGGACCGGUAUGCCCUUUUGAAUGAUGUAGAGCAAGGCCAUAAGGAUCCAACAGUAAAUAUUCAUAGUGAGAAGUUAGCAAUUACUUUUGGACUCCUUAGUUUGUCUAAUUCAAUUCCCAUAUGUGUGAUUAAGAAUCUUCGUGUCUGUAAUGAUUGCCAUAAUUGGAUUAAGUAUGUGUCAAAGAUUUCAAAUCGAGCUAUUGUAGUAAGGGAUGCAUAUCGUUUUCAUCAUUUUGAAGGUGGUACUUGUUCAUGUAGAGAUUACUGGUAAGUGUGAGAUGAGAAAGUAUAUCAAGAGAAGAGGAGCUUCAUUGGAGCCUACAAAAUGCAUCUAUUGUCAAUGUAGGAUUUGUGCCCUCUACUUAGGUUUCCUUUGCCUGAAGAUUUUGGGAAGUGAACUCUUCUUCAGGGUUAUAUGGAUGGGUUUUGAAGACAUUUAUAUACUUUAUUUGCACAACCUCCAUGUCAGAGAAAGAUUGGAAGGAGUACUUUAUUUGCACUGGACCUGAUUCAAUUCUGGUACCAGUGAUUGUGAAACCUGAAGAAGAUUGGAGGGGGGCACACAAUAUUGAGCAUGAUAAUUUGUAACGACUUCUCUCAUCAAAUUCUGUCUGCAUAGUUAUGGGCCUGAUUGGGAUAGUUCUCAAAUAACUGUUUUCCACUUUAAAAAAAGUUAAACCAUUACCACCAAAAAAAAAAAAAGUGUUUGCCAAGGGGUUUUUAACAAAAACUGUUUUUGGAAGACUUACCUCAGAAAGAACUGUGGAGAAAAAGUUUUCAGAACCCCCAUAAUGGUGUUUUCGGAUUGUUUUUGGAAAUUAUUCUCAAAAACACAGAGAUACACCACCUCAUUAAUGGAAAACUUAUAAAUAAAUGAAGGGAAAAAUAUAAAUUCGAAACACCUUCUUGUCAAUCUAAUGAUCCCUUCAUUUCAGACAAAGAAAGGCAUUCGGGCACCCUUGCCUAGCACAGCAUCAUCCCCUUAGCUUAACCAGCUGCAUAUUUGGUGGAAAUAUGCUAGAAAAAUCAAAAUUUAGUGAAGGGCCAUUUUUAAAGCAGGAAUGAAGGUCUAAUUUUGCCUAUCAGUUUUGGUGGAUGAAAGAGCAUGCCAACCAAAAGCAGCACCUGCCGUGGACUUUACUGACUAACGAGUUAUUUGAUGACACCUAAACCUAGGUCCCGGAAAGAGAGAGAUUUUAUUCAUCUGCCCUCCACCUAGAGGCAAGUCCAAGAUCAGAGAAAAAGAAAACUGUUCUCUUUCAGUCAUUGAAAGAAGUGCAGAAAUUUGUCAACAUGAUUACUAGCAUCAAGGAGAGCCAUCCCUCUCUGGCUCUCCGCAUGUCCUUGAAACUAUUCAUCUGCAUCUCUGUUCUUGAAAGUAAUCUCCUCUGUAACGCCAUCACUUAGGCAUGGGAAGAGGUUUGGAGCCCCUUUAUCCAUUAAAACUGUGAACAUUGAAGAGACACUUUCAUGAUGUUAUGGUAUGUGAUUCUUGGAUAUUUGCAAAGUAGAGGCUUUAUAAUAUACUUAGUUGUGAUGAGUAUGUGAUGAGCCAGAUUCUGUCUACUAUGAUUAUAAUGAGAGGUUUUUGAGCCUCUAGCUUAGUGGACACGUCUGGCUCUCCCAGCUGGGAGAGUCCAGGCUCGAUCCACAUGUAUAGUCUUGCUCCUAAAGCAGCCAAAAAAAAAAAAAAAAGAUUGUAAUGAGAGGAGCAGUGAGUAGGUUUAGCUACCAUUGUAUUUUGAAAAGUGAUUCUAGUGAGAAUGUCCACUUGUCAUGAGUUGAAAAUUGACCAUUA